GCCUUUGCUCGCGUCACCUCUAACUUGGCCUCUGUGCUCUCUUUUAGGUAGUUGAUCAGUACGGACGGCGGAGCUAUCUAUGAGACUGAAGCAAACGGUAACAUAGACUCUGCAUCAUCAACAACCUUCGUUCUGCUUCGUCUAUCAAUCGGUGGUGUUCUCUUUGUAGUGAGAAAAAAGAUGAUUCUAAUCAGGUCGAUUCGUCCAAAUCGACGAGCUUUUUCAUCAAUGUUGGAUCUGCAACCGCGCUCCCUGCACUUCUCCUCGUCGGCGGCGGCUGUGGAAGCGGAGCGAACGAUACGAGAAGGUCCGAGAACUGAUUGGAAAAAAGAAGAGAUUAAGUCCGUUUACGAUUCUCCUCUUCUCGACCUUCUCUUUCAUGGAGCUCAAGUUCAUAGACAUGCUCAAAACUUCAGGGAGGUUCAGCAAUGUACACUUCUGUCCAUAAAAACCGGCGGAUGCAGUGAGGAUUGUUCAUAUUGCCCCCAAUCUUCUAGAUACGACACAGGAUUGAAAGCGCAAAAGCUCAUGAACAAAGACGCUGUUCUGGAAGCAGCACAAAAGGCAAAAGAGGCUGGAAGCACUCGAUUUUGCAUGGGUGCAGCAUGGAGAGACACCAUAGGAAGGAAAACCAACUUCAAACAGAUUCUUGAAUAUGUGAAAGAAAUAAGGGGUAUGGGAAUGGAGGUGUGUUGUACUUUAGGAAUGAUAGAAAAGCAACAAGCUUUAGAACUGAAGAAAGCAGGGCUUACAGCAUACAACCAUAAUCUUGAUACAUCAAGAGAGUAUUACCCUAAUGUGAUUACAACAAGAACAUAUGAUGAACGAUUGGAAACCAUCAAGCAUGUUCGUGAAGCAGGGAUUAAUGUUUGUUCAGGAGGAAUAAUAGGGCUUGGUGAAGCUGAAGAGGAUAGGAUUGGUUUGUUGCAUACAUUGGCUACACUUCCUUCUCACCCUGAAAGUGUUCCAAUUAAUGCACUUGUUGCUGUAAAAGGCACACCUUUAGAAGAUCAAAAGGCGGUUGAAAUAUGGGAGAUGUUACGGAUGAUAGCAACAGCGCGUAUCACGAUGCCAAAAGCAAUGGUGAGAUUAUCUGCGGGAAGAGUAAAGUUUUCGGUUCCAGAACAAGCUUUGUGUUUUCUUGCUGGAGCAAACUCCAUUUUCACUGGUGAAAAGCUUUUGACAACUCCAAAUAAUGACUUUGAUGCUGACCAGUCAAUGUUUAAGCUCCUUGGUCUGAUCCCAAAACCCCCCACCUUCUCACAUGAUGAUUCACAAGAACAACCUCUUCUUCAGGAAGCUCUUUCUAGUUCUGGUUGAGGUUUUUCAAACAUGUUGUAUCUUGUUAAUUGAUAUUCUUGUUUUUUUUUAUUAGGGUUAAGUUGAAGAUGAUGUAGGAGUUAGAUGUAUUAAUGAUUUGGUUUUUGGUUGGA